AUGAUGGGACAUGAGAAUCAGACUUACAGCAGUGACUUCAUUCUGUUGGGACUGUUCUCUUCUUCCCAAACAAGUCUGCUUUUCUUUUCUUUUAUAUUAAUUAUUUUUAUUAUGACCAUAACAGAAAAUACUGUCAUGAUUCUCCUCAUCCACAGGGACCCACGACUUCAUACUCCAAUGUAUUUCCUGCUCAUCCAUCUCUCUUUUAUGGAUAUCUUACAUAUUUCCAAUAUUGUUCCCAAAAUGGUCACUGACUUUCUAUCAGGCAACAGAACUAUUUCUUUUGCUGGUUGUGGCUUCCAGGUAUUUCUAUCCCUCACCCUCUUGGGUGGUGAGUGCCUUCUCCUGGCAGUAAUGUCCUAUGAUCGCUAUAUAGCCAUCCGUCACCCAUUGCACUAUCCCAUUCUUAUGAAUGACUAUUUCAGCAUUCUCAUGGCUACAGGGUCCUGGCUUAUUGGGACUGUCAACUCCAUAGUUCACACGGCUUACACACUCCAUCUUCCUUUCUGUGGCUCAAGAGCUAUUGAUCACUUUUUCUGUGAAAUCCCUGCAAUGUUGAAAUUGUCCUGUAUGGACACAACACACUACGAACUAGGAGUUUACGUAAGUGGCAUCAUUUUCCUGCUCAUCCCUUUCUCCCUAAUUUUUGCUUCUUAUGUCCAAGUUCUCCUUACUGUCCUCCAAAUGAAAUCAUCUGAAGCACAGAAAAAGUCAUUUUUCACCUGCUUUUGCCACAUGGUUGUGGUCAUAAUGUACUAUGGGCCAUUUAUUUUCACAUACAUGAGACCUAAGUCAUACCACACUCCAGGCCAAGAUAAGUUCCUGGCCAUAUUCUAUACUGUCCUCACUCCCACACUCAACCCAAUUAUUUACAGCUUUAGAAAUAAAGAUGUUUUGGUGGCAAUGAAAAAUAUGCUCCAAAAUAUCUUUCCACAUAAAAAUAUUGGAAAAAAUACUUGGAGUGUGUGUCGUACAUAUUUCUGUAUUCAAUACCUAAAAGAAUUGCAUUAUUGGUUUCUCCUGAGAAGAAAAUCGUAG